AUGUUAAUUCCCUAUAUCCAGACUUGGAUGCGGCACCCUGUAGAAGUAGGCUUAGAGAAUGUUGUUAGAUACUUGAAGAAAAUGGAUAUCAAACCGCCGAGAAAGUUUAGUUUUGAAGGAAAUGUGCAGGAAAAUUUCACAAAAUUUAUACGUCAAUUUGAAGUUUAUAUGCUGGCAAGUGGUGGAAGCCUAAAAGAGGUUCCAGUAAAAAUUGCCAUACUGCUUAAUGUGUUGGGAGAAGAGGGUAUUGAAAUAUAUAGUAACUUUGAGUUGACAGACGCACAGAAGAAAGUAUAUAAAACGGUCGUGGAAGAGUUUAUGAAGUAUGUUAAUCCUAGGAAAAGCAUAGUUUAUGAAAGAUUCUUGUUUUACAAUCGAAAACAAGAGUGUGGUGAAUCUUUCGAUCAUUUUGUGAAUGAUUUGAGGACUGCAGUUAAGAGAUGUGAAUUCAAAGACUCCGAAGAAAUGCUACGAGAUAGGAUAAUCUUUGGAAUAUCUGACAAAGAAGUACAGCAGAAGUUAAUUGUUAAAGGAAGUGUCACCCUAGCAGAUGUUGUCACCAUGUGUAGAACAAAUGAAGCAGCCAAGGGCUAUAUACAGACGGUGCAGACAGAAGGAGCGAAAGCAGUGGAAGUACUCCAGAAGAAGAAUGCAAGUUCAGAAACUUAUAAGAAGAAACAGCAAGACGAUAGUCAGAAGAAACAAGAAACAGUAACGAGAUUUUUGUGUACCAGGUGUAAAACAAAGCAUUGUGUUCGUAAUUGUCUUGCCUUUGGAAAGAAGUGUCACCGGUGUGGUAAAAUGAAUCACUUUAAAAUUUGUUGUAGAGUUAAGGAAGUUAGAGAAGUUAAGAAUGACGAAUUCACUGCUAGUGGUUCAGAAGCAACGCUUAUGGUGGAAGGCAUUAAGAAAUAUUGUUCGGGUGUUAACACUGUUGGUAAAGCGUGGUAUGAAGAUGUAAAAUUGUACGGUUCUGUUGUGAAAAUGAAAUUAGAUACUGGGGCGGAGGUUAAAACAAUUCCAGAAAAGUUAGUGAGGCAACUCAAGUGUAUGAAUAAGAUAGUCAGGGACACAAAAAUGUUGUUAGAGUCAUGGGGAGGAUAUAAAAUUAAGCCUUUAGGAUUUACUGACUUGGACUGUACUGUUAAAGAUGAUAACAAUAAAAUGAGGAAAAAAAACUCAAUAUGGAAAAUUUUCCAAGUCCGGCUUUUUUCAAAAUUCAGCAGACAUUCGGGCAGCGAUUCAAGUUGGAAGAAUAUCGCGAAUCACAGCAGCAGCACGACCGGUAGCACCGCAGAUUUGACUGAAUUUUGGCCCCCUCUAAUACUUUAA